GAGAAGAAAAGUCUUAAGAUGGCAGGCAAAGGAAGCAAAAAAGACUGCAUGUCAUGCAGUGUACUGAACUGGGAGCAGGUCAGCCGUCUGCAUGAGGUUCUUACAGAGGUGGUUCCAAUCCAUGGCCGGGGUAACUUCCCAACACUGAAGAUCACUCUGAAGGACAUUGUUCAGACAGUUCGGAGUAGGCUGAGUGAAGCAGGCAUUGUGGUACAUGAUGUCCGUCUGAAUGGCUCUGCAGCUGGUCAUGUCCUGGUCAAGGAUAAUGGGCUGGGAUGCAAGGAUCUGGAUCUCAUUUUUCAAGUUUCUCUUCCAAGUGAGGCAGAGUUUCAGUUAGUUCGAGAUGUGGUGUUGCGAUCCCUCUUGAAUUUCUUGCCAGAAGGAGUAAGCAAGCUAAAAAUCAGCCCAGUAACACUGAAGGAAGCCUACAUCCAGAAGCUAGUCAAAGUGUACACAGAAUCUGACCGUUGGAGCUUGAUAUCACUUUCCAACAAACAUGGUAGGAAUGUGGAACUGAAGUUUGUAGACUGUAUACGACGACAGUUUGAAUUCAGUGUGGAUUCCUUCCAAAUCAUAUUAGACUCUCUGCUCUUUUAUUAUGACUACUCUGAAACCCCCAUGUCAGAGCACUUCCAUCCAACUGUGAUUGGGGAGAGUAUGUAUGGAGACUUUGAAGCAGCUUUUGAUCACCUCCAGAACAAGCUGAUAGCUACCAAAAAUCCUGAAGAGAUCCGUGGUGGUGGGCUUCUGAAAUAUAGUAACCUUCUAGUGCGAGACUUCAGGCCCAUGGAUAAGGAUGAGAUCAAAACUUUAGAGCGCUACAUGUGCUCCCGAUUCUUCAUAGACUUCCCAGACAUCCUGGAUCAGCAGCGUAAACUAGAGACCUACCUCCAGAACCACUUCUCCAAAGAAGAGAGGAGCAAAUACGACUACCUCAUGAUUCUGCGCAGGGUGGUGAAUGAGAGCACAGUCUGUCUCAUGGGACAUGAGCGAAGGCAGACUCUCAACUUGAUUUCUCUGCUAGCUCUCAGAGUGCUGGCAGAACAAAAUAUCAUCCCUAAUGCCACUAAUGUUACCUGUUACUACCAGCCAGCACCUUAUGUUAGUGAUGUAAACUUCAGCAACUACUACCUUGCAAAUGCUCCUGUGUCACACAGCCAGUCAUAUCCCACUUGGCUGCCUUGCAACUGA